AUGGGAAAUUCCCAGAGCGGCGCGACGGCCCGUUUCAGUCAAGCAGAGGCUCUGGGAGAGUUGCCAGGAGUCACCUACAAGGACACCCUAGGGGGAGGGCGCUUCUUGAAAAGCUCUCUGUGUCUCACAGAUGAUGGCCAGUCGGUGGUUGCAAAGGUGUACCCCAAAGAGUCUGAGGCGACGCUGGUGCGCAUGUACGAGGAGCGACUUGCGAGCAUCCGUACCGCCUUCCUGAGCAUCGACUACCCGCAUGUGCUGCCGAUGCAGCGCAUCUACGAGUCCGACAGGUCCGUCUUCCUCGUCCGCCAGUACCUCUUUGCCAACCUGGCGCAGCGCAUCUCCACCCGCCCCUUCCUCACGGCCAUCGAGAAGCUCUGGAUAGCUCGCCAGCUGAUCCAGGCCGUGGCCCAGUCCCACGCCGCGGGUGUGUGCCACGGCGACAUCAAAUCCGCCAACUUCCUGCUGACCUCCUGGCACUGGGUGUUCCUGGCAGACCACGCGCCCUAUAAGCCGGUCUACCUCCCGGCUGACGACCCUGCCGACUACUCCCUCUUCUUCGACACGGACGGCAGGCGCACAGCGUGCAUCGCACCCGAGCGAUUUGUGGACGUGGGCCACGGCAGGCCGCUGCCGCCCACCCCGCCCGCCUGCACCCCUGCCAUGGACGUCUUCUCCCUGGGCUGCACGCUGGCCGAGCUCUUUCUGGACGGCCAGGCCCUCUUCACAUACUCCAGGCUGCUGGCGUACCGGGCGGGGUCGUUCGACCCCGGCCCCAGCCUGGACAGGAUGCCGCCCGGGGUCCAGGACCUGGUGGCCCACAUGCUGCAGCGGGACCCGGCCGCCAGGGCCGGGGCACAGGCCUACCUGGACGGCGAGCUGGGCCGGCGCGCCUUCCCCGCCUGGAUGGGCGACGUCGUGCACCCUUUCUUCGCGUCCAUGCUGCGCGCGCCGCCGGAUGAGCGCGUGGCCUUGGCCUGCGCCGAGCUGCCGGCGGUCCAUGCCCAGCUGGCAGGCAGGGACCUGCCCGACCAGACUCGGGGCGGCCUGAAGCCCUCCCGCAGCAACCCAAACGACCCUGCGCCGGUGCCUGCGCCGGCCCAGCCCGGAAAUGCAGGGAGUCGGGGUCCCUUUCCCCCCGAUCCCGACUUUGGCUCGGAGGGAGAAGGAGAGAGGCCGGGCCGUGGUGCGCUCCCCGGCCCCAAGGCCCUGCUGGAGGAGGUGCAGAGGGUGGCGGGGCGGCUGGAGCACGGCGGCAGCGCAGGGAAUACUGAGGGCAGACAAGGAGGCGAUGUGGCGGCUGCCGCGGCAAGCAGCGAGGCGCGGGGCCCGGGGCCCGGAGCCUCCCAGUGCGCCAGCGCGAGCCAUCGCCGCCCGGCCCCCGGCGACGCGCCGAGCCCACCGGCCCAGCAGUGGCCCGGGGCCGCGCCGGCCCCCGCCCACCCCGCGCAGACGCUGCUGUGCGUGCUGUGGUGCACGCUGCUGCGCGGCGCGCGCGCGCAGGACGCGCGCCUGACCGCGCUGUGCGCGCUGCGCUCGGCCGCGGCGGCCUGCGGCGACGACGACGUGCGCCUGCAGCGCGCGCUGCCCGCGCUGGUGUCGGCCGCCGCCGAGCACGGCGCCGGGGUCAAAGGCGCGGCCCUGCGCGGCAUCGUGGCGCUGCUGGCCGAGGUGCGGCGCGUUCCGGCGGGGGACGCCAGCGUCGUGCUGGAGUACGUCCUGCCCUCGCUGUCGUUGCUGCCCCGCGACCCCGCGCCGGCAGUCCAGGUGGAGCAUGCCGGCGUGCUGGCCGACCUGGGCCUCGCGGCGCUGGGCCUGCUGGAAAGCGCGGCGGGCCCUCCCCAGGACGCCGCACCCGCCGCGGCCGCGUUGCGCGAGGCCCUGGCCCACGCGGCGGCGGGCGUCCUCGCCGGUUCGGGGGCGCCGGAGGCGCGCGUCGCGCUGCUGCGCACGCUGGGCCCGAUCUCCGCCAGCGACCUGCUGGCCAGCAUAGCAUCGUCGCUGCACGCGGGCGCAUCCCUGCCCGCGCCGCAGCCGCUCUCCGGCUCGGCCGGGUCGCUGCCGCUGCCCUCCGGCGCCGCAGCCAGCUACUGCCUGGCGCUGGACUCCCAGUUCCUGCACCCCGACGCAUCCCUCCUCUCCGCCGCGCUGGAGCAGAGCUCGCCCCUGGUGGCCUACGGCAACGCCAUGUAUGGCCUGGAUGAUUCGGGGUCCAUGGGUCUGCCGGGCACGGCCGAGAGCAGCGGCAUCCAGGGCGCCAUGCAGGCCGCGCUGACCACCGAGCUGUCGGUGGAGGAGAGCGCGAGCCAGAUGGAGGCCUGGGCGCCGCGCGGCGCCCUGGUCGCGCACUUUGCCGAACACCAGGCGGGCGUGAACCAGCUGGCUGUGGCCUCCAGCGGCCUCUUCUUCGUCAGCGCAUCCUCGGACAGCACUACAAAGGUGUGGGACGGGCGGCGCCUGGACCGAGACGUCUCCUUCCGCUCUCGCCUCACCUACUCCGGUCAAGGUGGCAAGAUCAAUGCUGCGACCACCCUGCCGGACUCGUCCUCCGUGGUGACAGGGUCAAGCGACGGCAGCGUGCACCUGUGGCGCGUGGACACCGUGGCACGCAGCGGCGGGGAGCGCUUCACCGGGGUCACCGCCCAGCGCCAGUGCUCGGGCGAGGCGCUGGGCGAGGCGCUGGCGCUGGCGCCCUGGGGCCACGCGGCGGUGCUCCAGUCCCACGCCCGGCGCGGCCUGUCAGCCUGGGACCUGCGCGCCGCGGAGCACGCCUGGGCGCUGCCCUAUGACCCCGCGCAGGGUGUGAUCUCGUGCUUCGUCACCGACCCGGCCAGCCAGAACUGGGUGGUCACCGGGUCCAGCCGCGGCGUGCUCUGCGUCUGGGACCUGCGCUUCCGCCUGCCCGUGCUGAGCUGGCAGCUGGGCGCCGGGGGCGGGGACCGCGUGAUCCGCGCCUGGGACGGCACGGCACCGGAGCGCAGCUACGCGGAAUUCCUGGCCAUCCAGAACAAUGGACCACGGAAGCUGGGAUUCUUUGGGACGCGGAACAUGGGUUUCAUGCACCAGCAGCUGAUCGAGGUCCUGGCCUACGCCAUGAUCCUCACGGGCAAUCACAUCUACACCUCCGGGGCUACCGGGACGAACGCGGCGGUGAUUCGAGGGGCGCUGAGAGCUGAGAACCCGGAGCUCCUCACCGUGGUCCUGCCACAGAGCCUCACCAAGCAGCCCCUGGAGAGCCAGGAGCUCCUUCAACAGGUGCCUCAGUUGAUAGAGAUGCCCCAGAACGAUGACAUGCAGCUGCUGUGCAAUCGUGACAUCAUAGGCCGCGUGGCGCAGAUCAUCUGCUUCGCCUUCCAUGACUCUGGCCUGCUCCUGGAGACGUGCCAGGAGGCCAAGGCUGAGAAGAAGAUUGUGACCAUGUUUUUCCUGGACUGA